GCUCAGUCAAUUUUUUUCAGUAUUGUUUUUACACCAACAACAACUUGUCUGUGUCAUCGUCAUCGUCUCUCACUUGGAAUAAAAUAAGAGAAAAAAAACUUUAGCCACAAUGAGUGUUUACGAUGAUAUUAAGUUAUACAGUUUACAUGACAAAUUUAUAAUUCAACCAAAGGAUAGCGUCGAAGAGUUGAUUAUCAAUCGAAUAAAUGGCACUGUCACGGUUCAAGGCAUCACCAAUCAGUACUACGACAGUCGCACACUGCGGAAAGUAUGCGGCAUUUUGGGAACGAUUAAGUUGAUCAGUGGCCAAUACUUGGUGGUGGCAACGCAUCGUGAAUUUGUGGGUGUUAUCAAUAAUCAGGUUAUAUGGCGUUUGGCUGGACAUGAAUUGAUACCAUUUAUUCCAUCAUUGAUUCACUUAUCAGACACUCAGAAAGUUCAAAAUGAAACAUAUUUGUCGAUGAUUAACCAAACAUUGAACACGCCAUUUUUCUACUUUUCCUACACUUACGAUCUAACGCAUACUCUUCAGAGAUUGAGUGCCAUGGGCCCAAACUUUCAUGAGUCGGGUAUGGCACAACGAGCUGACCGUCGAUUCAUGUGGAACGGACAUUUGCUGAAAGAUUUCCUAACACCAUCGCUCCGACGAUUCUGUUUGCCUAUCAUUCACGGCUUCAUUUCGAUAAAUCAAGUGAACGUAAACAACAGCACCUUCACAUGGGCUUUGAUUUCAAGACGUUCCAUUCAUAGAGCUGGUACGCGUUUCUUCCGUCGUGGUAUCGAUAAAGAUGGGGAUUGUGCAAACUUCGUUGAAACCGAGCAAAUUGUCGAAUAUUUGAACGAUAAAAUUUCAUUUGUACAAAUUCGGGGCAGCAUUCCGUUGUACUGGUCACAGAGUCCAGAUAUUCGCUAUAAGCCAUCAUUAAAUAUCGACUUGACAAAGGAGCACCUAUCUGCUGCUCUUAAGCAUGCCGAGACAAUGCUUAAAACCUACGGUCGACAUGUUUAUGUGAAUUUGAUCGAUCAUCGUGGCAAAGAAGAAUUACUGGCGAAAGGUUUUUCGAAUCUAAUCAAUCAGCUAGGGUUACCGAAUAUCCGUUAUGAAUCGUUUGAUUUCCACGCUGAAUGCCGUAAAAUGCAAUGGCAUCGUUUGAACAUCUUAAUCGAUCGAUUGGCUCAUGAGCAAGACGAAAUGGGUGUAUUCCAUGUGAAAACUGAUGGCACAGUCAUUUCAACGCAAUCUGGAGUAUUCCGGACCAAUUGCAUCGAUUGUUUGGAUCGUACGAAUGUGGUGCAAAGUAUGCUGGCCAGACGCUCUCUACAACAAGUGUUGGAAAAACUGAAUAUCCUAUCGCUUGGACAAUCGAUUCAAUCGGUUAUCACAUUCGAUUCGCUGUUCAAAAACGUAUGGGCUGAUAAUGCCGACUUGAUUUCGGUGCAGUACUCGGGCACCGGAGCUUUGAAGACGGAUUUCACCAGAACUGGAAAACGAACCAUUCAAGGGGCUUUGCAAGAUGGUGUCAAUUCGAUGACACGGUAUAUUAAGAACAAUUUUAGCGAUGGAUUUCGACAGGAUGCCAUCAAUCUGUUCCUUGGUAAUUACGUCAUCCAAGAUAGUGAAGGAAAACUCAUUCCUUGCCCAUUGGAAGUACAAAAAGGAUGGAAACAAGCCACGUUUCCGUCCGUUUUAGUGUUUGCCAUUGCAAUGUUCUGCGCAUCGGUAAUUCUACCGCAAGAGUAUAAUACGGAGAACAUGUUGUUCAUGCUAUUUUGGGGCAGUAUGGUUGGCAUAACAUUCAAGGGAAUAUUACGCUUUGGGUCUGAGUUUGUUGACUUCCCGAAACUCUUGCCGUGCGUCGACCAAAAUAAUGCAAACAAAAUAUUAUAGUUUAAAUAGCAGAAGCACUUAGAUGCUUUAUUCCAAGUAACCAGAGGGCAGCUUAUGUUAAAAUCAACACUCAUAUAACUAGAGUAACGGCCCAAAGCAUAGCGAAACUAAGCGUAUAAAUCACCUCCAUAGCAGAUAGUAAUAAUAUUAAUGUACCACGUAUAUUCCGUUUCUUUUGACAAUCGACAAUUCCAUUUUGAAAACAAUAUUCUUCACUUUUCCAUUGAAUGUUUCUUUUCGAUGUGAUUUGAAAGGGAGAGGGAGAAAAUUCAAGUCAAAGCCAUUUGAAAGUAGUUUUUUUCGUAUUUAAUUUUUUUAUUAUAUUGCCUGUCAGAUUUUUUUAAGCUAGCUGUUCAAUUGUAAAUAUUCUAAUUGAAUUUUCGAACGUUUCUUAAAAAUCAACAUUUAUUUCGAAAAACAAAAAAAAUAAUAAAUGUGGACUGGUUAAGCCAAAA